GCGGUUGGCCGCAGUCAGCAUAUAUCGUGGGCGGGUGGAGCAGAUUGGAAACACUACAAUCUUCUCUCACAAACCCAUAUUUUCUUUCCCUAGAAGUUGACGCCAAUGUCGUCAGAUAACCAGGAUACCGACACGUUAUCGGGAGAGUGCGGUGAGACGCAGGAAUCUCCAGACGCCAACUCAAAUCCUGUGAGGACAGAAGAGGCUAAACUAAAAGCAAAGUACCCUAACUUAAGCCAAAAGCCAGGAGGAUCAGAGUUUCUGAUGAAAAGACUCCAGAAAGGACAAAAGUACUUUGAUUCAGGUGAUUACAACAUGGCCAAGGCAAAGAUGAAGAACAAGCAGUUGCCAGCAGCAGCUGGUCCAGAAAAGAACAUCGUCACCGGAGAUCACAUUCCAACUCCGCAAGAUUUGCCACAAAGAAAGUCCUCCUUAGUCACAAGCAAACUGGUUGGGUAAUCGGUACCUCGGGUCCUGGGUGACCCUGCUCCGUAUUUUCUCUCCUCAGCUUCCAAGCUCCACCAGGGUUAGUUGCACACUAUUUGCUUCAUUUUGGGGGUAGUAAGGCUCAUUUUAAACUUCUUUCAUCUCAACAGCUCUAGUCUCAUCCACCAUGCUCAGCAAAUCCACCCCCACCCACCUGACCCAACUCCACACAUUUGGCUAGGAAGCAGUCAGUUCAGGGAAGGGCCAGUUGAGGUCAGAGGCCUCUCUGGACUGUAAUGCACUUUACGAUCUAUAUACCCUCUACAUGAAUGAGAUCAAGGUCUUGUUUGAAACUGUGGAGGCUACAGAAAUGGAAAUAGAUGCCUAAUUGAUACACCAAUGUCAUCAACAGGUUCAUAGAGAUUAUUCUCUUUGGCAUUUUAACCUAGCAAAUCAAGAUUGUUUAAUAAAAGCUUAUAGAUGUUUUAGUUAACUACUUUUGGCAGUAGAUGCAUGUUUGCCACCUUGGUCAUUGUUCAUCUCAAUCUGAUUUAAUUUU